GUGUUGUGAUAAUGGGUGUGCGAAAGUUGACAGCUGUUCGUUAGACGUCAGUGAGUUUUGUGUUGAUAUAUCCGCUAUGGAUUUGUCUAAAAUGAAAAAUGAAAGGAAGCUAUAUCUAUGUCGAUGGUACUUCAGAGGACCCUCAAGUUCUGGAAAAGUGUAGUACACCUUAAAGGAGAUAGUGCACUGAAUGCUUAUUCUGCCCUGUCUCAAGUGUUUGAUAUCCCUACAUCAGACAAAAGGAAGACAUGGAAGAAAUUCGGAGGCAUCAGAUCAGCUUUGUUACUGGUUGAUUCAAUUGUGACGGGUUUUGCAUUUUUGCCAUUUCUGUGGUGCAUAAAUGCUAUAUGGUUUUUUCCGGAAGCAUUCAAACGACCCGAGUAUGAAGAGCAAAAGCCUAUCAAGAAAUAUGUGAUUUUGUCUGCGAUUGGAGCUAUUAUUUGGACUAUAAUUCUGGUGUCGUGGAUUGUCAUGUUUCAAACACACAGAGCAGAAUGGGGAGCUACAGCUGAUUACAUGUCUUUCAUUAUACCAACUGGAGUCCCAUAACUGCAGAAUGCUGCCACUUUGUGGUUUGUGCUAAUCAUUUGUUCUCAGAAGGAGACAAAAACUGUGAGCCCGGGAUUUUUCAUUAUCUUAGUAAUACUGAACCUAUUGGGAGACAAACUUUGUUUUAAAAGAAGCAUUGUAAAUAUAAUGUAGUAUUGGAAUAAACUUGAGAAACACUGUCAAAAUCUUUA